GGACCACCAGCCUACUGUAGCAUUCCACGUACCACAACCAAGAGAACACUUCUCCUCGAGCGACUCCAUCCACGCAUUUUCUCAACUCUCAAUUGCACUUGAACGAAAGCCACUCUUUUCGCCUGAACAUUACAUUUGAUUCCUUUCCAUUUCAGCCUCUCAUUUUCGCUUUCGGAAGUUCCGCAACGUAUUGCAAUCAUGUCCGACCAGCUUCAAGAGUUUAUGGACAUCCCAAGGGACUUUAUCAAGGAUGGAUCACAAUUUAUCACUCGCUGCACAAAACGUAAGAACCAGCAUGGGGUCAAACUCUUUGACGCCUUCUGUCUAAUGUGCUCAUCGCUGAACAUGCGCACAUUGUAGAAAUCGGAUUGCUAACCCCCUUUCUCUGUAGCUGACAAGCGCGAAUUCAUCAAGAUCUCACAGGCAGUUGGCGUUGGUUUCCUUGUAAUGGGAGCAGUCGGUUUCAUCAUCAAGCUCAGUAAGCCACAGACCUAUUUCAUACCUGCCUACCCAACUCGACGCAGUCUGCCAUGCCCCUAAGUACUAACACUCUUUGCAGUACACAUUCCAGUCAACAAUAUAUUAGUGGGAGGCGCAUGAGCUGGAGAAUUACUGGAGGCUAGGGGUGUCACGGUUGGGCUGCGUUGAAGAAGAACACCUCGCCAUAUCGCUCGCAUGAAUGGCCAUUCUGAGGAUGCGACCUUCAACUUGUAUUAUAUUGGACUGGUUAUGGGCAAUGGGAGCAUAGCGUGUGAUACAGGAACAUGGAAAAGUAAACUUGACCUGCUUUCUUUGGAAUUUCCUAUUACGAACCGCAUAUGUACAGAAACUCUACCAAAAAUAAUGGGAGUUGGGUUUGGGAUAUGAAAUGAACCGUCAUAUCAGGAUGCAACGUGUUUCCAUCUUCUAAUAAGCUC